AUCAACUACCACAAUCAACAACCCAUCACCACCCCAACCACCAACCAACCAUCAACAUGAAGUUCUCUACCCCCCUCUUCGCCCUGGGCUUCGCCCUCACCGCCACCGCCUCCCCCCUCGAGGUCCGCGACCUCGCCACCUUCAAGACCAUCAUCGCCAACAUCCAGUCUGACGCCGACGCCCUCGACGUGACCAUCAAGGCCUUCACCAGCGGUGACGGAGCCGCCGUCUCCGCCGCCGCCGACAAGCUCGUCGCCACCAUCAACACCGGCGUGACCACCGCCAACGCACAGCCCGUCCUGAGCGACCUGGAUGCGCUUGGACUCACUACCUCGGUCAACACCUGCAACGACCACGUCACUAUUGUCGUUGACGACACUAUCGCCAAGAAGGCUGCCUUUACCGCUGCCUGCUUGGGCCCGGAUAUCCUCGCUGACCUCACCUCGCAGUUGGCGGCCGCUAAGGCGCUGGCUACUGCUGUCACUGCGAAGGUGUCGGAUCUCCUGAAGCCGACUGCGGCGCAGCUUGCUGGCAAGAUCUCGGCGAACAUCCAGCGUGGUGUUGAUGCUUACACCGGUGUUGCUGGGUGUUAGAUAAAUAAAAGUGGGAUGGGGGAAUGGUUUAAAUAGGGUAGAUA